GGCGUCAUACCUUUGCACAAUGCAGGCGGUAAAGUGUGUGCUGCUGGGGGACGGGGCCGUGGGUAAAUCAGCCAUGAUCAUCACCUACACCGCCGGCUUCCCUAAGGAGUGGACCCCGUCAGUGAUGGAGAAUUAUAAGGUCAGUGUGACGGUGGAUGGGCACCAGGUGAGCCUGGAUGUGUGGGACCACAGCGGAUUAUCGGACUAUGACCGGUUAAGACGCCUGUCCUUCCCACAGACGGAUGUGCUCCUGCUUUGCUUUUCCGUCACCAGUCCAUCGUCUUUUGAAAAUGUGCGGAGCAAGUGGACCGAAGAGGUCAGAGAUCACUGCCCCGCGGUGCCAGUCAUCCUGGUGGGCACCAUGUUGGACCUCAGAGACGAUAAAGACAGGAUAGAAAAGCUGGAAAAGGAGAAUCGCUGUCCCGUCACCUACGAUCAGGGCCUGGCCAUGGCUGAAGAAAUAGGUGCGGUGACAUACCUGGAGUGUUCGGCUCUGACUGAGCAGGGCCUGCAGGCAGUGAUCCAGGAAGCCGCCAGGGUGGGCCUGGCCGCCAAACCCGUUAAAACACCGAAGCAAAGCUGCAGCCUGUCAUGAUGCAUACGAUGCCGUUUACAUGUUCACGGUUUUAAAAACAGGCAUGUUGUGGCUGAGGCCAGCAGAGUGGAUGAAUGAGACAAUCACUGAAGUGAAGCAGAGAGAAAUUUACACCACCUGUGCUUCAUAUUUACCAGAUUCUUUUAUUCUUUGCUAUUCUACAGUUACUUUUUAUGAAAUGAAAGUGUAAAGCAAUACUAGGCAGACAGAGUAUUAGGGCUACAUUGAUUUUAUAUAUAUAUAAAAUAAAAAUCAAAUCAAGUUGUAGCAUUACAAGAAAAAAGUCUGAAUUUUGACUUUUUGUU